UAUUGUUAAAGGUGUAAAUCUAGCUGGUUUUGAACCACACAUUAGAUGUUUCGCCCACUGCUUAAAUUUGGCAGCCCAUAAAGCUAUGCAGAUAAGCUCUGUUUCUCGACUUUUGGGUAGAAUGAGACGAAUAGUCACAUUUUUCCACUCAAGUUCCACAGCUACAAAGAAACUUAAAGAUAAACAGAAAGCAUUGAACCUUCCAGCAAAAAGACUUGUCCAAGAUGUGAAGACCAGAUGGAAUUCCAGUUUUGAUAUGAUGAGUACUUUUCUGGAACAGCAGCCAGCUGUAUAUGCAACAUUAACGGAGAAAGACAUUAAAAAGAACCUUAAAGAAGUUGUAACCCUAUCUGACACGGACAUUUCUCUAGCUGAGGAGUUGGUAGAUGUGUUGAAGCCCUUGAAAACCAUAACCACCAUCAUGUGUGAGGAAAAAUCACCCACUAUAUCUCUAGUUCACCUGAUGAAGGAACGACUGCUAAGGCAACUGAGAGAAAAUGAGUCUGAUUCAGGUCUUGCUGCCCAGGUAAAAACAGAAAUACGUAAUGACAUCGAGUCAAGAUAUUCUGAUCCAGACAUCAUCAGAUGGCUUGAGAUGUGCUGUGCCCUGGAUCCCAGAUUCAAGACCCUGCCCUAUCACGACCAGGUCGAAGCCAAUCGAGUCUAUGGCAAUCUUGUAGACAUGAUGACAGAAUCAGAAGAAGAGUUUUCUGCUUAUUCUGAUGUUUAACAGUCAUACAGUGACUAUUUAUCGUUG